UGACACCUAUACUAUAUAUUUAUUAUUUAUGUAUCUAAGAAUUAUCUACUUUGGUAAAAACUAAAAUCUUUAUAUUUAGCCGUUUGUGGGUUAAAUCUACUGUUAAUGUUUUUAAAACCGUACAAAUCAUUUUGCAAAAUCCAGAAAGUCAAAAAUUGUCACCGAGUCUAAAAAAGCGAAGCGAAGCGAAAGAGUCCUAUUCAUGUACCACGUAAAGUGAAGUGAAGUGUUGCAUAAAUUCUGUGUUAAACAAAGACUUACACUGGUAAAAUUAGUAUUAACUACCCUUACCCUUGACGGCCGCGUGGCGCAGUGGGUAGUGACCCUGCCUUCUGCAUCCACGGCCGUGGGUUCGAUCCCACAACUGGAAAAUAUUUGUGUGAUGAGCAUGGGUGUUUUCCAGUGUCUGUGUGUAUUUAUACAUUAUAUAAGUAUUUAUAUGUAGUAUAUAAUUGUAUAUUAAUAUUAUAAUAUCAACUAUCUAAGCACCCAUAACACAAGCUACUCUGCAUGCUUACUUUGGGGCUAGAUAGUGAUGAGUAUUGUUUAAGUAUAUUUAUUUAUUUAUUUUAUUUAGGUGUAGUGGAGCAGACUACAGUGAGCGCAAAAGGAGCAGUACCUAUCAGUUGAGGACUAUUGUAUUCGAGACAACACACCAAUAAUGCGGUGCUGCGUGCCCUUCUGCGAAAAUACUUCCUACAAUACGUCAACAUCUCAGAGAACGGGAAUUACCUUUCAUGGAUUACCCAGUGAAGGCAAUCUCCGUACUGCUUGGCUCAGAGCCCUCAGCACACAAGACCAUCACCUGCCCGACCCUGCUGUGGUCUGCUCCCAGCACUUCCUAGAUGAUGACUUUUAUACAACAGAGAGUUGUGUGCGGCAGAUUCACUCUAAAGCUGUUCCUUCAAUAGUGCAGAUGUGCAUGAUAUGCCUGGACUCUGACAGCAAGCUGUCUCUAAUGAGUAAACACAAGUUGGAGGAGGCAUAUGAACAGCUGACUGGACUGUCUUUGUGUCGUCGAGGAAACCUGAAGCAAACGCUCUGUGUGAUGUGUGCUCAGAGAUUGAUCAACUUCAGCAGAUUUAGAGAAUUGAGCUUGAGAGCCCAUUCACUGCUGACGGACUCAGUUGAACAACAUGCAUCAAAUGCUAUACAACACAAAGAAUUGUUGAACUGCACAAGUGCACAUCUGAAGUGUAAUUUGACACAAACAACAUUUGGAGCUAAUCAUUGUGACUUGCACAUAGAUCACACUGAUGGAGAGGAAUCUGUAGUGGGAGAUGUUGCAACAGUUGUGGUGAAGAUUGAAUACAGUUCUGACUCCAUGUUCAGUGCUGAUAACUUGGAAUUGGCACGAGAAGAUGACAAUCACAUAGACAAUUCCAACGAUGAGUGUGCAUCUGAUGAUGAAUACUCCGACAUGAGCAUAAAGUUGGAGACUAGGCUAUUGGAUAAAGCAGACCAUGUGACCGUAAACCAGAGUUCCAUAAAGAGUGAAAGUGAUAUCUUCCAAUGUGAAUUUUGUUUUGAGGACUUUGCGCAAGAACUUGCAUACAAGGAACAUUUGAGCACGCAUCUCCAGAGUGCUGGCAGCGGAGCUGCAUGUGCUGCAUCACAAGUGUGGGAGUCUCGAGGAGCUGUGAGUCUCAGCGGUGACUCACUCGUGCUGCAGAACAAAACAGGAAGCCAGAUGCUGUAUGAUGACCCUCACAAAUCUCUGCAGACGGCUGCAGACUGCGCUCAGGCUUCGGUGGCUCCACUGUCCGCGAGACUUGUUGCAAACAACAACAACAAAGUGCAGGCAACUGAAGAAGCAGGUGCGAUCCAGAAAAGCGAACAAAUCCUUCAAACUAACAUCUCAUCAUCAUCUCAGAGCGGCACCAAACCGUACACAGAUAUAAAUAGAUUCACAAAUUGUGUAGUCCAGUUAUACGAUAUAUUCAAGAAACCCAAACAAGCUGUACUAGAGAAACCACAUGUGAGAAUCGACACUGCUGCCAAGCCUUACUCUUGUCAGAUAUUGAACUAUAAAUGUGCAACAGGUCGUCCAUUAAAACGCAAGAGAAACCGCACUGGGGAAAAGUCAUUUUCCUGUGAGAUAUGCAAUUACAAAUGUGCUCAAAAAAGUGAUUUAUUUAGGCAUAUUAAAACUCACACUGGGGAAAAGCCAUUUGCCUGUGAAAUAUGCAACUACAAAUUUGCAGAAAAAGUUACUUUAUUACGGCACAUGAAAACCCACACUGGUGAAAAACCAUUUGCCUGUGAGAUAUGCAAUUACAAAUGUGCUCAUAAAGGUGAUUUAUUAAAGCAUAUUAGAGUUCACACUGGGGAAAAGCCAUUUGCCUGUAAUGUAUGUAAUUAUAAAUGUGCACGAAAAGGUAAUUUAUUACAGCAUAUUAAAACUCACACUGGUGAAAAGCCAUUUUCCUGUGAAAUGUGCAACUACAAAUGUACAAAAAAAUGUGGUUUAUUACGACAUAUUAAAUCUCACACUGGUGAAAAGCCGUUUUCCUGUGAAAUAUGCAACUACAAAUGUGCAGAAAAAGGUCAUUUAUUACGGCAUAUUAAAACCCACACUGGGGAAAAGCCAUUUUCUUGUGAUAUAUGCAAUUAUAAAUGUGCACAAAAAUGUCAUUUGUUACGGCAUAAUAAAACCCACCAGCAGCGAGGACUCUAAACUACGCGAUUCCUAGCGGCUUACCUAUUAAAAAUCCAUACAUACUUGUACAUAUUUAUAAUUAUAAUUUAUCUUAUACACUAGAGAUAGGUAUAUGUCGGCGCAAAACAACAUGCAACGAACUAUGUCAUCGUCGAAUUAUUCCGAACGACGAAAACACGUGACUCAGUAGCACUACAAGCUCCCCACUACAAUCUCAAUAUAAAGGCACGCGCUGCAGCGGCAGGAAGGGUUCCCAACUUAGGGGUUUUCCCCCCAGAUUUAGGGGGCAAAUAAGUGAAAUGGGAAUUCAGGGAUUUUUUGACUCUUUAAUUUAAAUUAAUCUUAAAUUUUUAAAUUGAUGAUAAUUUUAAUAUUUCUUUCUUGACCUAGCGACUUAUAACGACAUAUAAUACGUUAUUCUACAACCACUCUGAGGUAAUUGGAGGCAAUUUUCAUCGAAUAAAAAAAAUUGGUAAAUUUGUUCAUUGUCAACAUGUAUGAUUUCAAAAAAACGUAGUAAAAGACGUAGUAUUUUGUCUGUAUUAAAUAUAGACUUUUAAAACAUAUUACAGCAUAUUAUUUCUAAAUUAUUAUGAAUUUAUAUUUUUUAAGGGGACAACUUAAUAAAUAAGGCGAUUUUAGGAGUUUUUGACACCAACUUUAGGGAUAAAUAUUUUGGAGAGUUGGUAACACUGGCGGCAGGGGCAUUCGUAGUCGCGCAGUCGUACAGCACGGACCUCUCUGUGACGUCGUUACGCUGCUAGAUAAUUAAACCAAGUUUACCAAGCAUUAGUGAAGUUUUCUUUGCAAGAAUCUAAUAUUAUUAUACAGCCUUUCAUGAUGAGUACUGUUGACUAACAAACAAAUUAAAAACGAGGGUAUAAAUCACUAGUCAUUUCAAACCUCAUAAUAAUUAUAAUUAACUUGUUCAAUUUAUGAAAAUAAAUUUGACUAUUAAGCUUAGAACAAUUAGAUAUACUUAAUAUAUUUUAUAUAUAAUUUUAUAAACAACGCAUACAUAAUUUGAAACAAAUAAGUUAUGAUAUGACUUGCAUUUUCUACCUUCAUUUCUAAUUUCUUUGUUGUUAAACAGUACUCCUCAAGAACGGCUGUAGUAUAUAUGAGCAAUGGUCAAGAUGCCGACAAUUGUGACGUCACCAAUGCUGACGUCACUCUUUUUAAAAACACCUCAGCCUUCCCUGCUGCAGCCCACACUGGAGAAAUGCCAUUUGCCUGUGAUAUAUCCAAUUAUAAAUAAUAAUAAUAAUAAUAAUUUCUUUAUUUUUGGCAACAAAGGCCCAUUGGUUAGUUACAAACUUAAAAAUUAUGUUAGUAGGUACACAUAUUACAUUUAAGAUAAAAAUAGAAACUAUUUCACCGCACCAAAACAGAAAUAAAUUUCUGCGGGAUCGGCGAGUCAGUCUUGCUUGCUAACAUGUUCAAGAUCCUAUUGGGGCUCGCCCGCAGUCUUGCUAGGAGGGAUGACUUUCGUUUUCUAAUUAUUGCAUAAAAAUCGUCUGUCCGCUCCUGCGCAAACAUACCUGACGCUGAGCAAAACCGGGGCAACCCCAACAGCAUCCUGAACCCAUUGUUAUAUUGCACCCUUAGGGUGUCCAUACACUUCUGUGUGUAGUUAACCCACAGGCUCGCGGUGUAGAAGGUUUGGCAAUAUGCUUUAAAUAGAGUAAUUUUUGCUUCCUUACCACACUUCGCGAACCUCCGAUAAAUGUGCACGAAAAAAAUAUUUAAUAACACACAAUAACCCACACUAGUGAAAAGCCAUUUUCCUGUGAGAUAUGCAAUAAUAAAUUUUGCACUAACUAAAAAGUGAGUUAUUAGUGCAUAUGAGAACCCACAAUGGCAAUUGUAAGAAAUAACAGCCAUGUACGUGUGUGCGUGAGAUGUGCAUGUAGGCGUACGCGGCUAAGGACAAAGCUUAGCGUUAUACAUAUUAAUAUUAACAUGGAUUAAUAUUUAACCGUCAAUUUUCUUCAAAGUAAAGUGAUCAGGUCCACUAACUAAACUCUAACAAAAAUUGAAGUUUAAAUAUUAAUCCAUGUUUAAAAAUAUACUGCUGCAGUUUAUUCUCAUAAUACAUUAAUUACAUGUUUUCUUGACCCUAAUAUUGCCUGGUAGAGAUUGCUAAAAUGCGAUAAGUAAAAAAUCCAUUGUUUAAGUUUUUGUUGUUUCAAUUCCAUGUAUUCCAUUUCCGUUUUAUUUGUAUUUAAAUAUUUGUGGUGUACAAAUAAAUAAAUUUGAUCUAAAAAUUUAAAUUGGAAAAUCUGACAUGAUAUAGCUUACAUUCAUAUCUCAGUUCAAAAUAGAGAUGAGUCCCUCACUCAUGAGGCGCCUCGUUUGAGGUACUCGUGAUUGCAAAAUGAAAGAGUUCCUCAAAUUUCAACAUUGAACCACCUCACUUUACUCUUCAGUCCUCACUUGAAAAUUGACAUUGACAAAUUGAGUAUUGACUUAAUACGUGAUGUAUAGACGCGAGUACGAGUGAGUAUUGAGUCGAGCGAUUGAAUGCACUAAGUGAGCGAGUGACAGUGAAUCGCCAUUGUUCAUAUUUCUAUUUAUCUUAUGAACAACCACUUGCUUAUUUAUUGCGUAGUACAUUUCUCUAUGUAAUAAUAAAAAUAUUUCUAAAAUAAAAUAAAAUAUAUAAUAAAAUAAAAUUCUCAAGUAAUAAUUUAUAUACAACAUUUUUUAAUUAUUUAAUAUUAUUUCUGUAAGCAUUCAUAAUUUAAUUUGACGUAUGAUAUUGAAUUAUGAACCCUAAAAACAUGAGUAUUAGAUUUGUAAUCUAGUGUCAUUGAUUCGUAUUUCGUUUAUUUUUGCAGUCAUUAAAUAAUAACUGAAAGAAAAGAUGUGUGGGAGAGAGACGAAUAGGAAUUGACGCCCCGUCCGCCCCUCGCCUCGCCUCCGACAUUCCACUGAAUAUCGGCCAUCGGCGAGUUCGGCGCGUCGCGACUCCUCGCCUCAAAUGAGGGGUCCUCACGAGGUCCUCGCGAGCACCUCACCUCGUCCUCCCUCAACCUCAUGUAAAAAUAAUGAGUUACCCAUCUCUAGUUCAAAAGCAUCUAGUAUUUAUUAGUCCGUUAUAUUGAAUAUAUCUAUGUAUCGAAUUUUAUACGAUUAUUGGCAAUUUGUGAUUUAACAUAUACCAUUUGUAACACCAAACGUUACCGUGGCAUAGAGUACUACUAGCGCCAUCUAGAAUCUAUAUUUUUAUUACGAAUUCUGUACAUUCUGUACAUUGAAGAUAUUUUGAAAAUUUUUGUUGGGGGGCAUUAUAUAAGCUAAAAAUAUUUUUGUUUCGAUUUUUGGAGUUUACUCCUUAAGAAUCGAUUUUUUUAUAUAUAAGGCGCCCGGUAUGAGAAAAAUCCGAGGGGUAAAACCAACUGAACUAACGAAAAAGUGUCACGUUUUUGGUGCGCACCUUUAGUGCGCAACUUUCUAAUUUAGCUGUGAGUGUAUUGAGACGUACAUAGGGUAUGCUGUAUAGGCGACUAUACCUAUAUACUAUAUGUUAUUGGGCUUGUUUGUUUAAUGAUUAUAUCAUUGUAAGAGUAAAAUAUAUAAUGUGAAGUAUAUUAUAAAGUCUAUUAGUUAUUUUACAAUUCUAUACAUUUAGUCUUCUUUAACAUAAGUAUUACUAAAGCCCUACUCGAUGUGUACUGUUUACCAACAAAAAAAAGUGUGUAUGUUAAAAAAACAAAAAGUUAGCUCGAAGCACGUC